GCGGGGCGGACCCUCCGCCUGCCGCCCGCCCACUGUCCCAAGUCCGGCAGCUUCCUGCCCUCGCUCCCCGGCCCCGGGCUAUGCCUUUCCUGGAGCUGGAGAGUAACCUGGCGGCCGGCUGCUUCCCCGAGGCGCUGGUGGAGCGGCUGAGCCGGGCGGCGGCCGCCAUCCUCGACAAGCCGCAGGAGAGAAUCAAUGUAUCUGUGAAGCCAAACAUGAUCAUGUCAAUGGGAGGCAGCAUGUCACCGUGCGCCCAGCUGAUUGUGUCUUCCAUCGGGGUGGUGGGAACCGCCGAAAACAAGGAGCACAGCAAUAAGUUCUUUGAAUUCCUUACCCGGGAGCUGGGCUUAUCUGCAGACAGGAUCCUGAUUCGAUUUUACCCAUUGGAGAAGUGGCAGAUUGGGAAAAAUGGUACCGUCAUGACCUUCCUGUAGACAAAUAAUGGACUCGGAACCUUGUGUAUUGGCCUGCCCAUGGCUUUAAUCGACAGCCACAUUUGUAAACACGUUAGUGGACCCAUUAUUAAACAUUUUCAUUGAUUAUAUCAAA